AUGGACCCUAACAAUCCUGCUGUUGCAGGCAAAUAUUUCAGUGAAGAUUACGUAUUUACGCGCUCUGACCUACCUAUAUUGGAAAACAACUUGAAAAUGGUUCAAGAUAUUAAGACAUCCAUGCAGAAGCAGGAGGAAGAUGUAAAAAAACAUCUUUGUACUCAUUUCUCCAAAGCAGGGAAACUGCUUCCAGGGCACAACCACCCAAAAACAUUUGAUGAAAAACUUAUUGGCAAACUUAUAAAAGUUAAAGAAAGGGUGAUAGAAAUAAAAGAAAGCCUUAAGGAAAAGUUAGAGAAGACAUCAAAUAUGUUCCAAUAUGCCCCCCAUUUGAAUGCAAAAACCAAAAAGCGUUCUUAG